CUUUUUUUGAAACAAAAAUUGAUAUCGAAUCUCCUCCACUUCACCUGCUUCCUUCUUCUUUAUUAUUAUAGCUUUCGCUUCACUUCAAAUCAACACACAAAUCCUCCAAGAAACGCUAAUCCCAUCUCUCUCAUUUCAUCAUCUUCUUGGUCUUCUUCACAGCAAUGGACGCUGUUACCGAUUUGAAGAGACCGAGAGAGGAGGAUGAUAACGCCGCCGCAGCUAAGCCUGCUUGUUUCUCCUCCGUGAUUCCUGGGUGGUUCUCCGAGAUGAGUCCCAUGUGGCCAGGAGAGGCACACUCUUUGAAGGUUGAGAAAGUUUUGUUUCAAGGCAAAUCAGAUUACCAGGACGUGAUUGUUUUCCAGUCUGCGACAUAUGGGAAAGUGUUGGUUCUUGAUGGAGUAAUCCAACUUACGGAGCGAGACGAAUGCGCCUAUCAGGAAAUGAUCACUCAUCUUCCUUUGUGCUCUAUCCCUAACCCAAAGAAGGUAUUGGUCAUUGGGGGAGGAGAUGGAGGUGUCCUGCGUGAAGUUGCACGCCAUGCUUCUGUUGAGCAUAUUGACAUGUGUGAAAUUGAUAAGAUGGUGGUCGACGUCUCUAAGCAGUUUUUCCCUAAUGUAGCAAUUGGAUUCGAGGAUCCUCGCGUGAACCUCGUCAUUGGUGAUGGUGUUGCUUUCUUGAACAAUGCUGCUGUAGGUUCAUACGAUGCGGUUAUUGUUGACUCAUCAGUUCCAAUCGGUCCUGCAAAGGAGCUUUUUGAGAAACCCUUCUUCCAAUCUGCGGCGAGAGCUCUUCGUCCUCGUGGAGUUGUGUGCACUCAGGCUGAAAGCUUGUGGCUUCACAUGGACAUCAUCGAAGACAUUGCUUCCAACUGUCGUGACAUCUUCAAGAGUUCUGUUAACUACGCGUGGACCAGUGUUCCAACAUACCCUAGUGGGGUUAUUGGAUUUAUGCUUUGUUCAACAGAGGGACCUCAUGUUGACUUUAAAGUCCCAGUGAACCCACUUGAUGACAGCUCCAGCAAAUCAAAUGGACCCUUGAAGUUCUACAACGCUGAGAUUCAUUCAGCUGCGUUCUGCUUACCUUCUUUUGCCAAGAAGGUGAUCGAGUCAAAAGCCACUUGAAAAGGGAUUCAAGUAGUUUGGAGGAUCGUUGCGUUUAUCAAAAUAAAAACUUUUUUCAGAGGGAGAGCUCAAAAUAUUUUUAUCUUCUCAUACUAUUGUUGUUGACUAAAUCUAGUUUUAACAAAUUUUAAAUUUUAUCAAAAAUUUUAUUUAAUUUUAUGUGUAACUAAAUUUAUGAAAAUAAAUUUGAAAUAUUUAUGGAAAAAAAUUUAAC